UUUUUGUGAUAUUUCCUUUUUUACGGUAGAUUGUGUUAUUUUAAAUAUUUUCACUUCAUAGUAACAUACAGCUUAUCAGCAUGAGUCUGAUGAAGUGUGAAGUUUGCCCCUUUGAGAAGCAAGAGAUCAAGUGCAAAAUCUGCGAGGACACCGAAGGAGCCAUGCAGUCCAUUUUCUGCGAAUCCAGUGAUCAACGAUUACUAGAUAAGAUCACCAAAUGUACUGGCAUUAAGUUAAAACCUGUCUGCGGUAUGAUAUCACCUGUUUGUGAAUUCUGCCGUUGUCGGAUUGAUCAAUUCGACGAUACAUUUCAACCACAACAGAAGGAGUAUGUGGUAGAGAAGGUUCGAACUAAUUCCGAUACCCCGGACGAUGAUCCUUUCAAUUGCCUGGAUUUGGAUGUUAAAUCGGACACUUCCGAGCUGCUGCACAUUACAGAUGAAAUUAAAGAAGAAGAUCCUUGCGAUAACGGAGACAUACGCGAAGUAGCAAUCGAAGCAGUCUUACAGAAAGCAGUAAAGGAAGAUUCCGUUAGUCCAGUAACAAACCAUGAAAACACCAGGCAAGAUUUUACUGAUAUGGACGGUUUUCUGGAAGAAGAUGAAAACCAUGAUGUAAUAUAUGAGAAAAGUUUAUUAGUUGAGUUACCACACAGCAAGCCGAAGGAAAAAAUUGUUGCAGUAGAUCCGGAACAAAGUUUGCCGAAAAGACCAACUAAAUGCAAAAUCUGCGGAAAGAGCGUCAGUUACUUGAAAGAUCACAUGCGUUUGCAUGAUGAUCAAAAGAAGUUCAAGUGUCCGCACUGUGACAGAUCUUUUACUCAAAGUAAUAACUUAAUUUAUCAUGUUAGAAAACAUACCGGAGAAAAACCUUUCCCUUGUGAUAAAUGUGAUAAAAGUUUUAUUUGUAAGUCACAUCUGCUAUCGCAUAUGCGUUCUCACGUUAACGACCAGCCGUUUGUAUGCGAAUUUUGCUCUAAGCGUUUCAAUCAGCAAUGCAAUUUAACAAAACACCUACGUAUUCAUAGUGGUGAAAAACCUUACAAGUGUAAAUUCUGUAACAAAGCAUUCAUGAAUCUUUCCAAUAUGAAAGCACAUGAAAUGCGACAUAUAGGUGAACGGAAUUUCACCUGCAGCGUAUGUUCAAAAAGCUUUUAUGAUAACCACCAUUUAGAGCGUCAUUUGACAACCCAUUCAGCAGAGAAGCAAUUUAAGUGCGAGCUAUGUCCUAAAGAGUACAGAACGGCUAACGCACUCAAGACUCAUGUUAAUAAUUGCGAACGAUUGCAAGGCGCACUGACGUGCGAUAUCUGCCAGCAGCCGUAUGCAACGCAGAAGCAGUUAGCGCGACACAAGAAGGAACAUGUUGAUGCUCAGACUCAAGGACUGUUACAAUGUACUAUGUGUCCAAGAACUUUCAAAAAACCAAAACAUCUAGAAAAACACUUACAACGGGCACAUAUAGAUGAGAAACCCGCUAGAAUAAAAAUUGAUCCCAUAGCAGUUCGUCGUCAGCUAGAAGCUGGUCUUACAAAACCUUACCGUUGCGAUGUCUGUUCUAAGCAGUACGAUACAUCUUACAAGUUGAAGGUUCAUCUUCGAUUGCACAUGUCGACCGAUAAAAUGUACAAAUGUGAAUGGUGUUCCCGUUCCUUCAACCAAAAGGACCACUUGGUCACCCAUACACGCAUUCACACUGGGGAAAAACCGUUCGCAUGCGAGUACUGUCCGGAAAUGUUCAUCCGGCGUAACGAACUGAAGAACCAUCAAAAGGCAUUUCACAGCGAUCAAGUGGCGAGUUCGGAAAAGUCACAGCAACAGCCAAGCGGCAAACAACAACAGCAGAAUCAAACAGAAAUCGUUCUCCUGGAACACAAUCUGCCAGUGGCUGCAGGGCUACCCAACGAGCCUAAUCAGUUGGUAAUUAAGUUUGAAAUUAAGAAUAUUUAAAGUGAGGACAGGUGAGAGUGGCCGAACUGCAGAAAGUGUAACAUAAAUCGUUUAAAAGUAAAUGAAAUAGAUUA